AUGACUAGCGCAACAGCGACAGCGUCGCCAUGGAGAUGCUUGAGGUUGCGACUAGCUGGCGAUGAUCGAGACUUUCAAGUCUUGCUGUACGACGGCUGCUGCAGCGACGCACUGCAGAAGGCUGUGGCCGCCCGUGUGGCAGCUCUACCCGAGACGGUCUACUGCACACUGACACCGGAGGCCGAUGGCCCAGUGCUGCCAUUGUCAGCUGCCUUGGCAGCGCAACUUUCAGAAUCCCAGGUGUUGACCGUCCACAUCAGCAGACCCAUGGUGCCCCCUGUGGAGGCUGCACCGUUUGCUGCAAAUUCACGGCAGAGCGAGGUGGGGGCCGCCGAUGAAGUUCAGAGCAAUGCUUCCUCCACCCAGUUGGAGAAUGUAGCAGCGAUGAGCCCCACGAAUCCGAUGCACAAGGUGAAUAGCACUGGCUUGCUCCAAUCUGGGAGCUAUGUGAGCUACUUGCGGAUGAAUCGCGUGCGCUGGGAGAACUUCACCCAGCAAACUGAUCAGCUUGUCACUGCGAUGGAACGAUUCAACCGCCUGGCCACGGAUUUAGCCAACGAGCGAACGUUGCUGGCCUGGCUUCGCACUGCAAUGGCAGGCAUCCGUACCAUCUUUGUGUUCUAUGCCAUGGAUGGUGUCAACAAAUUCUGGGAGACCAGCAUCACCGCGAGUGAGGUGUUGAUGGCGAUCUUGGUCUUGGUAUUGCUGUACACCGGGCAGGCUCGUUACUACGCGAUCAAGGAGCUGAUCUUAAGAAAAGAUCCGCCUCCAACCUUUGGCCGAAUCAGCUUGAGAUACACGUAUUUGGUCCUGGCACUGGCCACGUUCACUACCGUCAUGGGUGUAUGCCUUCGAAGAUGGCAGAAACUCGCUGACUGA